AUGCCACCUGCGAAAUCAGCUGAUGUUGUACAUGAGGACUACUACGAACUUCUCGGUGUGGAGAAAAAGUCAAGCGAAUCAGAGAUAAAAGCGGCCUAUCGUAAAUUAGCUCUGAAAUAUCACCCGGACCGAAAUCCCGGCGAUGUUCGUGCUCAGGAGCAGUUUAAAAAGCUUUCAAUAGCGUAUGCUGUACUGAGUGAUCCUAACAAACGCAGGCAGUACGAUGUGAGCGGUCCAAGUUCUUGUCAGCUGGAUUUUGAAGGGUUCGACGUUUCUGAGCUUGGUGGUGUCGGGCGUGUGUUUGGUGCUCUUUUUAACAAGCUAGGUGUUCCUAUUCCUACUCAAAUUGGACCAAAGGUCUUGGCCCAAGCUCGUCAACUUUGUGAAGGAUCGGCUUGCGACGUAAUAGCUCAACCAAUUCAACCUGGCGAGUCUAUUUCGGCCAGCAUCGCCAAACAGGAGGGCGCCUUUUACAGUAUAGAAAUGAAAGACGAAUAUUCACUGCAAGGUAUCUGUAUAGUUUGUAAGUCGCCGUCGUCGAGUAAGUUCAAGCUAGUUCUUUUUGACAAAGAAGGUGGAGUCCGAAUGAUCCAGGAAAGCCAAAAGAAAAAGUCGGGUACGCAAGCUGAGAUGUUCUUCGUGCCGUUCACCAUAGCUAACUUAGGCGAAUUUGUUCCUAUGAAGUUUCAUAUGGAGGAUAGAGACACUCCGCUUGCAUUUCACUACUUGGAUACGCUUGAAACCCAAGUCACUCAUUUGCUCGAUUCAAGGAAGCAUAUUUUAUGCGUUUAUGGAGAUAAUUGGCUGAACUCUGUGAAGUAUAGUAUAACAUUUUUGCCCAUUUCUGUGAACAGUAUGGUGCACUUGGAGGAGAUUACUAAGGUGGAAAAAGUUUUGUUGGCAAAGAAGACGGAAAUGGCUAAAUUUCAAACAGAGUAUGCAGAAGCUAAGAAGAAGUUUGAGGAGGCAGUUGAGAGGUUGAAGCGGGAGGACAAGGAUAUCCAGGAAAAACUGAAAGCUCGAGAAAAGGCCUAUGACGAAGUGAUCAGCACAAGCCAAGCGAACUAUAGCAACCAUGAGUGUACCUUCUACAAUGAUAUCGAUGACUUCAACACAAUUAUUAUCACCGGAAAAAUGUCUGGAAAAUUUCACAUCGUAAUACACCUACUGGAAUGGGACGAGGAAGGCAGGAUGAUCCUGUGA